AUUUUUUUAAUUUUCUAUUUUGAGUUUUGUCUUUUUAUUUAUUGUUUGAAUCUCGAAAUGAAGCUCGUGUUAGCAUGCCUAUUCACUUUAGUUGUGCUAGAAGCUUACUUAGCCCCAUUCACAAAAGUAGAAGAAAGUUUCAACCUUCAAGCAACUCAUGACAUUAUACAUCAAGCUUCCCACUACGAUCAUUUGGAUUUUCCCGGUGUUGUACCGCGUACUUUUCUGGGUGCUACGAUUUUAAGCUUGAUAGGCUGGCCAUUUAUUCAUUUUUUUCCCCUGUCACCUAUCGACGAACAAGUAUUAGUUCGUAUUAUACUUUCGGCUGGCGUUGUAUUUUCCCUCGGUAAAUUUGCCUCCGGAGGUGUUCGUUCUUUAUUUGGUUCUUUUACUGCUCAAAUCACCAUAGCUCUUUUGGUAUGCCAAUUCCACCUCGUGUUUUGGGCGUCUCGCACUUUACCAAAUAUGUUUGCGUUGCCAUGGGUUAUGAUGGGCUUGUCUCAUUGGCUGAUUAGUUUGUCUCAAACAAGCGGUCGCACGUAUCACAUCGAACAAAUGAUUCGGUUCCUGACAUUUUCUGGGAUUAUUUUUAGAUUCGAAGCUGGAAUUAUGUUGGUCAUUUUGGUGGGCACGGAAUGGCUUUGCGGUAGUAUUACAUUGGGAAAUAGCUUUAAGCAAACAAUUGUAACUGCAAUUAUUAGUUUAAUUAUUUCUGUACCACUAGACUCUUUCUUCUGGAAUGAAUGGGUAUGGCCCGAGGGUAUGGUUUUUUACUUUAAUGCUAUUCUUAACAAAAGCUCUGAUUGGGGAACCUUACCAUUCCAUGCGUACUUUCUGUCAUUUUUACCGCGUCUAUUAUUAAUAUCAUAUCCAUUAUCGAUUAUCGGUUUCUUUUUGGACUCGCGUGUUCGCCGAAUGCUAUCCCCAAUGAUUGUUUAUAUCCUUAUUUUCUCGUGUUUGCCACACAAAGAAUGGAGAUUUAUUAUUUAUACUAUACCUGUGUUUACUGCCGCCGCUGCCGCUUCCGUUUCUUCGGUUAUUACAGCCGCCCAUCGUUCUCAGAUCCAACGUGUAGCAUCAGUGGCUAUUGUUUUGGGUGCCCUCGCUUCAUUCGCUAUUUCUAUUAUCAUGUUCCAAAUUUCACGACUUAACUAUCCUGGGGGAGAAGCUCUUUACACUUUACAUGAAAUCGAGAAUAAUACACCUUAUGUCAGUGUUCAUAUGGAUGCAGACACGGCCAUGACAGGUGCUUCUCUUUAUGGUCAGUCCAAUCCUCACUGGUCAUACUCCAAGAAUGAGUCACAUAGCUCGGAAGAGGACUUUCUUAAAGCACACUAUACACACAUUAUUACCUCCACACCCGAAAAAUUUGAUAAGUCUAUAUUUGAAGUGAUUGAUCAAACCUACGGACUUGAUAAAGUCUCACUGAAAUCAAUCUCAGAAUAUAUGAAAUCUCUUCGGUCGAUGGAUAUAUCACCUAUUUCAUUCAAGAUGUCACCAAAGCUAUUUACGCUCAAGUUGAUUCAGCCUCAAAACAAUUUGGAUUGAAUUUACCGUACGCAAAUAUCCUGUUGUGCUUUAUAGCAAGACAUAGGUACGUCUUUCAAAAAAUAAAAGUUUCUGUGUUUUUAAGUUACCGAUACGCGAUUGUCCCUCUUUGCG